AAAUGAUUGACAUAGCGGCCAUUUUGGCUCUAGCCGCCCAUUCCCAUUGUGUGAGAGAUAGUAAAUACUGACACUGCCAUACAAGCCGAGCACAUAUUUCACUGCGCGAAUUAAAACACAUUCACCUGAGGUGAUAUUGACUAGCAAUGGCCCGUACUAAGCAGACUGCUCGUAAGUCCACUGGAGGGAAAGCUCCCCGUAAGCAGCUGGCGACCAAAGCUGCCCGCAAGAGCGCACCCUCUACUGGAGGAGUCAAGAAGCCUCAUCGCUACAGGCCCGGUACUGUGGCUUUGCGUGAGAUUCGUCGGUAUCAGAAAUCCACUGAGCUGCUGAUCCGUAAGCUGCCAUUCCAGCGUCUGGUUCGUGAGAUUGCCCAGGACUUCAAAACUGACCUGCGUUUCCAGAGCGCUGCCAUUGGUGCACUGCAGGAGGCCAGUGAGGCAUACCUGGUUGGUCUGUUUGAAGACACUAACCUGUGUGCCAUCCACGCCAAGCGUGUCACCAUCAUGCCCAAAGACAUCCAGCUGGCACGUCGCAUCCGUGGAGAGCGUGCUUAAAUGCUCCCCUUCUUUCUAUUGCCCUCUUUAUUUCUUUCCGUCUCUCCAUUUGUUCUCCUCCUGCUUUUCUUGGUAGAGUUUAGAGUAUCAGUGAUGGGGAGUAACUGUGUCUCAGUCUGCUAGUGCUGUCUAAAUGACACGUAGGGUACCUAUAUGUGCAUGUAACAGGUGCUGCUGAUCACACACACCCACAUACACACACAUAUUCACAUCCACUUACACAGACACACACUUACUCUCACAAAUUCAGAUUGGGAGUGUAAACGAGGUCCACCCAUGCCCAACUCGGGGCCACACAUUCAAAAUGUGUGUAAUGAGAAAGAGUCUUCCCCCGCACACAUACUUCACUGUUGAGAAAGAAGAACAGGGUGGUAUCUGGGGUCAGUCUGCUUAAGGGGAGCGGAAACUUCCACAGCAGGGUGCUACUAAAACUGCCUCAGUCCACCUUUACUGAAACCUGUCCAACCUUAAAACCCCACAUUGCAUACAUUUGUCUCUUCCUUCCUGUACCCCUAGUUCCAUCCAGCCCAUACAAGUCCUUCCUCAUUCCUCUCUUAACCUUAUUUGUCCCCAUCUGUCCCUUCAUAGUGGAGGUGAGUGUGGGGUUGGACUUGUUCUCUGUGUGAGUGUCUGUGGGUGAUGUGAUCAUCAAAGCAGAAUUGUAUUCAACUGCAAACCAGCAUCUAUUGGUUAAAAGUUGUUACUUGUAAUAUUGAUGAUUACUAUUAUUGUUGAUAUGGUGUCUUUUCUUUUUUUUACAAUGCAUACAUCAAUUAUUCUUACCACUGUUAGAGAAAAAAAAAGGUAAUCCACUGAAUCAGUUAGAAUUUGUCUUAUAUAUAUAUAUGUAUAUGUAUAUAUAUAUAUAUAUAUAUAUAUAUAUAUAUAUAUAUUGUAGUGAAAGCCGAUCCUGGUUCUCCUGUUAUAACUUCAGGCAGCUCUAAACCAGCCUCUCAUUCAGCCUCACUGUUCAACUAACAUCCUACUCUGCUGUUUCUUUCUCCCUCUCUUUUUCUGUCUAGCAUUUCCUCUCUUCCAGUUUUGUCAAUUUAAAGAUAAGCAUUAGAGUCACAAAGUGUAGCAAAAAUAUUCCUUAUGUUUAGUUUGUAGUACCGAGUCUUUCACUUUGUUUGGGCAGAACUUUCCCUCGCCUCAUGAUACACAAUAUAACCUCAUGUUGUGCUUUUUUAUUUUCUUAUUCAGAAAUUUAAAUAAGCUGAUCUUUGUAUUUUCCAAACUUCUCAUAUUCUGGUGGUAAUAAAUAGAUGUUACACAAAUA